UUGGUCCGGAACUGUGCCCGCAACUAGUCACAUUCGAAGUUUUGCUCCCGCUUUCUUCCGAAAGAAAGAUUUCUGAGUGUUGGCUUGGAUAAACCGUUAAAACGAUUGUCGCUAGAAAAAAGAAAAUCAACAUCGCAGAAACGUCGUUAGCUAGCGUUGUAUGAUCUUGGAUAGAUGCAAUCAUUUUGUCAUUCCCUGGAAUAGGACAAGUGAAAGGAAAGAAGAUAAGUUGAGCAGAAUGAACUUCUGACUUGACUGAAAAAAAAGACGCCAACCGAGAAUAAUUUGCAAGCUGGUUAUUGGAGUAAAUAAAGUUAAUAUGAAUUAUACGGAAGCGAAUCUCUGCCAAUAUUGAAACAAGCAGGAAAAUGUGAUUAAAGUGGUGCUAAAUAUAAGACCUAUGUAAACAAAAGGGAACUGCAUUAUAAAUUUAGUGAUUGUUGAAUAAAAGCGCAUACAAUAGAAUGGAUCCUCGUUAAUAGUUGAAACUUUCCACUUUAUCACCAAGGGGAUACCUAAAGUGAAUGGAAGCACAAUACAUGAAAUUAUGCUCUUUUGCUACACUCCCACUACGCGGUGCAUAAAAACAUAUUAGUGUAAAUUAUCUGUUCAUUCAACGCUUCUCCUCGGCGACGACGUGCUAGCAAAAGGAGGUGGAACAUAGCUCUACUGAUGAGAAAUAGAGAGAAAUCCUUUGCAACCAACAAAAAGCCACCAACGAAAGGAUUACUCGGAAGCUGAUUCUUCCUUCUAACGCGGUUCUUGGAGGACGGGCUGCGGUGUCACCGACUAGGGACGGUUCCGUAAUUUAGACUUUUUGUUUGUCCCUCAUUUCAACGGAUGGUGCUACUGCUUACUUUCUGAUGGUAGACGAGUGAGAAUUAAUCCCUCAUUUCGGUACGAAUGUUCCGCUGAAUCAUACAAAAACCGACACAACAGGAACGAAACUGUGUGGAUGUGUGUUCUACUUGUUGCUUGAAGAAGUGCCGACCACUGGAAUGUAGGUGAAAACAUACCGCUGUGGGAUCACACAAGUAAGGAAACAGUGUGAUAGUACCAAGUGAAUAUGAAAAGUUAACAAUUGUCGACGGAACGAAGGAACAGGAUACCUUAAGGUGUUUCAUAUAACAGAAGGAUUUUAUAAACACACAGAAAAUUCAAGGACGAGAAAAAAUGCUGCCAGUCGUAGACGACUACGAGUGAGCUGCCAGAAGCUUCCAACUAUGAGAAAACUAGAUUUACUGUAAAGGAAAAUUUAUGGUAGCAUCAUGUCCCACGACUGAAAUAAUCAAUAUGUCAAUUGAUGCUGCUGUAGCUGCUAGUGCUGGUGAUGCCUCUAAUGUCUUCAGUCGAUUAUCGUCUUCCGUUUCUGGAGCCGGAGCAGGUUCAGCACUUGCCACAAAUGGAGGUGGUGGAGGCGAGCGAAAGCUGCAUUACUUCGACGGCAGCGAAGAUGACACCACGGCAACUAAACAACAAUUUUACAGCCUCCAACACCAACAGAGGGCACUCUCGUUUGGAGAAAAUAUCACAACCUCCACAAUGUACUCCUCACUGGAUCCUGGCAUUUACAAUCCGGUAGAGGCGGAAAAUGAGACUGACUUUUACUACAUCAAUGGACCAGGCGCUUACGGUGGCUAUGCAGGAAGCCACAAUGGCACACUACCGUACGCAGAUGAUUACUAUCAAGGCUGUAUGGGAAUAGACGGUAACGUUUCCUAUCUGAACGUGUCGUGCGAAACGAUCCUCAACUACAGCAUACCACUGUACGGCUACUGUACACCCAUCUUCAUCCUAAUUACACUGACUGCCAACUCGCUGAUCGUGAUUGUCCUCAGCAAACGCAGCAUGGCGUCGCCAACCAACUUCGUGUUGAUGGCGAUGGCUCUUUGCGACAUGUUUACCCUGCUUUUCCCGGCGCCCGGCUUGCUGUACAUGUACACGUUUGGCAAUCACUACAAACCAUUAUCGCCGAUUGCCGCCUGCUACGUGUGGAACGCGUUGAACGAGCUUCUACCGGCAAUGUUCCAUACAGCUUCAGUCUGGUUAACGUUGGCACUAGCCGUACAAAGGUACGUGUAUGUUUGCCAUGCUCCCAUCGCCAGAACGUGGUGUACAAUUCCCCGGGUGAAAAAGUGUAUCGCCUACAUCUGUAUAGCAGCCCUAAUUCAUCAGAGCACCAGAUUUUUCGAUAAGUCCUACAGUCUGGUGACAAUCGAGUGGAACGGCCAUUCGACGGAGGUAUGCCACAUAGAGACCUCUAGCUGGGUGCACGACUACGUGGGCGAGGAUGUGUACUACACCUUCUACUUCUCGUUCCGGAUAUUGUUCGUGCAUCUUAUACCGUGUGGGAGUUUAGUUGCCCUCAACGUGCUCCUUUUCAAGGCAAUGCGCCAAGCGCAACAGAAACGCGAGCGCCUCUUUAAAGAUACGGCCAAAAAGCGGGAAUGCAAACGGGUCCGGGACUCCAACUGCACCACGCUGAUGCUGAUAGUCGUGGUAACGGUUUUCCUUGUCGUGGAAAUACCACUUGCUGUGAUUACGGCCUUACACAUCAUCUCCUCGCUUAUUUACGAGUUCCUUAACUACUACAUAGCCAAUCUAUUCAUUUUGUUUGCAAACUUUUUCCUCAUCGUUAGCUAUCCAAUCAAUUUUGCAAUUUACUGCGGGAUGUCGCGCCAGUUCCGAGAGACGUUCAAGGAAAUUUUUGUUAAAUCAAGCAAACAGAUACCUGGUGGAAAGAAAGACUGUGGUUCUUCGCGUUAUUCGCUAGUUAACGGACCAAGAACGUUCACCAACGAAACGGUGCUGUAAUAGACGUAGCGGCGUUAACACUUUAUCAACAACUAACGAAACGUUAUAAUACAGAUUCAUGACUUAUGCAACGGUAAUACACGAUUAAGGAGUGCUUUUAAUUUUGAACAAUUAAUGAUUCGCAGCACUACGCGAAGUAAACAAAGAAGGUUAAUUUAGGGAAGUUGCAAGGCAAAUAAUUAGCUUAUUCUUCGGACUCACUCUGUUCGCACAAGUGCUACCCAUGUAUGAUUACAUAUCAGUCACAUUUGUAAAACGUUUAUUGAGAAAAUGACGGAAAAAUUUAAAAUAAAAAAAAAUUAUGUAUAAUGUUGCAUUUCCUUACCGUUUUUGGCUUAUCAGGCAUCGAUAAACCGCUGAACCCAUCCCGGUAAUUCCUGGGAAUCGUAAAAAAAAAAUAUUUUUUAUGUGUCCAAAAAGGUUCAACAGAUUUUUUUUACUUUCUUAAGUUUAUUCAAUCUGCCCUUGGAAAUUUCUUAAAACUUUCCUCUGGAAUUUUCAUCCACCGUUAGUUAUUUUCUGAUUCCUCCCGGAAAAUUAUUUCGGCUUCCCUCAAAAGUUUCUUCUUUCUUCGCUCGAAAGGUGCUUCGGUCUUCUCCCGCCAGUUUUUUCAACCUCCCACGGAAUAUUUUUCGACUUCCACCAGAAAUCUCUUUCUUCCGGAUUUUUUUUCCUAACUUCUUUCGACUGUCCCGAAAAUCUUCUGGCUUCCACCGGGUUUUCCAGCGCCUCCGGGAAGCUUCUUCCGUCUUCUCUAGGAAGUUCCUUUAAACCUCAAUCGGAAGUAUCUAUCGAAUUCUCCCAGAAGU